UCUCUCCCCUCUCACACCCGCCUCACCACCAGUCCACCACCGCCACCGUCGCCGCGCGAUCCCGGAGAUGCCGCCGGCCACGGGGCCCAAGUCCGGGGACGCCCUCUUCGCCAGCGUCGAUCGCGUCAACGCGGAGCUGUUCACGCUCACGUACGGGGCCAUCGUGAGGCAGCUGCUCACGGAUCUGGAGGAGGUCGAGGAGGUCAACAAGCAGCUCGAUCAGAUGGGCUACAACAUUGGAACUCGGUUGGUUGAUGAGUUCCUGGCCAAAUCAAAUGUCUCGAGGUGUGUUGACUUCAAGGAGACAGCCGAUGUUAUUGCUAAGCUCGGAUUCAAAAUGUUCUUGGGUGUGACUGCAACUGUAACCAAUUGGGAUGCUGAGGGUACAAGCUGCAGCUUUGUAUUGGAAGACAAUCCUCUUGUAGACUUUGUUGAACUUCCUGAUACCUGCCAAGGUCUUCAGUACUGCAAUGUGCUAAGUGGAGUUAUUAGGGGAGCACUGGAAAUGGUGUCUAUGAAGACAGAGGUUACAUGGGUCCGUGAUAUGCUUCGUGGGGAUGAUGCCUACGAGAUGCGAGUGAAGCUUACCAAGCAGGUCCCAGAGGAAUACCCCUACAAGGAUGAUGACUAACUUGAUUUCGUGGAUACUUCGUGGGGAUGAUACCCCUACAUGUUGCUUGUCUGCUCGUUCGGAUUUCUGUUUGCUUUCCUCUGUGACUCUGAUUCUAAUACGAGGUGACAUGGAUGUACAUGAGAUAGCUGUGCAUUAUAUUUUGCACUUGCACUUUGCUUGCAAAUGUACUGUAGAAAUCUAUCAUGGCUUCUGUUUUGCUGAUUUGAAUUUGUUUGGUAAGUUCGAUCAGAGCAUUUGUCAUGUUCAGGAGAUUUCUAGCCAUGUUGCCCCGGAAAUAAGAGGGAUUUUUAGCCUUAUUUGAAGGUACGCA